CUUCCAUCCAUCGAUCAUAUAAUACCGUACAAUGUCCAAGCCUAACGAAUCAGGGAUCAAGCUCCCGCCUAUUUCCUUUUUAUCCUCAUUAAACAACCCGCAGCCUUCGACGUCGCCCCCACGGCCUGUCGCAGCGUCGCCACAAGGCUACGUCGCCGGCCCGCGUUACAGCUUUGGGGCCAACACCGAGGAUCAUGUGUUGAAGAGACCCAAAAUCGAGCUAUCCACUGGCAUCAGCCUUCCCAGACCGAUUUUGGAUAUUGACAGACGAAAGCAAAACGAGGACGAGCCGUACCCGGCCGGCACCUUUGGCCAGGCUUUGCCCUCAGUAAACGCUCUCCCGCACCUCUCACAGCCAUUCGCUGAAUCCAGCGCGGCGCAGACGCUUUUAAAUCCGCUCAAUUCGCCGCCUAAGCCUGAUGUGGACGACACCAUCGUGAACAAGUCACUUGUGGAGGACACCAUCGUCAGCAAAUCGCUUGUGGAGGACACCAUCCUCGCAAACAAGUCUACAAACGACGAUACCCAAAUUGCGGACCAGACGAUUCUUCCAGCCCACUCAGAGCGCCAGGACAUACUUGAUAGGGCCAGCUCCCCCCCUGCGACCAAGGAGGAUAUCUUGAACGGAGAUGCACGGAGUGGAAAAGGGUUUGUGCGGGCAGCCACCACGUAUGACAACUCGGAUAUCCUCACAUUUAUCCAGAAGUUCCCCCGCAGACAUCUCGGGGCGAUUAUGUACACCUCAAAACCGACGCCGGAAUCGCUGCCGUUGCAUUUGAAUUUGACUCCAGAGGACUUGUUCCGCAUGCGCAAGCGGCAGAAGGCGUACAGACAGAAAGAGAGCGGGACAGUGCGGGUGAUUCCGCUUUUGCCUGUGUUGUCCAACUAUCUCAACUGUCUCAUCGACAUCAAGAUCCCGUACCACUACUUGUUGCAGAAGGAGGAGAUCUGGGACCGGCGCCAGGUGUGGGGGACCCAGAUCUAUACCGAUGACAGCGACGUGUUGAACAUCUUAAAGCACAUGGGCGUGUUUGGUUCCUUCAAUCCGUAUGUAGACCGGAUUGCGCGUGCGGAGGAGACGGAGGAAGCGACUUGCAACGAUUUUCUCCGCUUGGAUGUCCUGGGUGCGGUCAGGAAGUCGAUCCAGUACAAUCUCAACUUGAAGAAGGCUCUCGUGAAAAGCGGGCACGUGGCAGGCGACUCUAUCAAUAACAACCACGUCAUCGGCGACUUGACUGUGACGCUUCUCGUGCUUCCUCCGUUGACGGCAUAUCAUGGGAGGUUCCAGAACGGGAUCAACUCGCGGCUGUGGACCGAGUCGCCUCAUAACGGGAUGAGUAUUGCGGUUUACGGUAUCAGCUUUGAGAAUCUUAACGAGUCGGCGGCGGAUAGUCAUUAUUACCACAAGCAGGGUAUGAAGGAGGUGGAGGAGGUGAAGGUGGCGGGAGUGAGAACAAGGGCGGGUGCGUAGUAUGUGAAGGCAAGCAAAGGCAGAUGAAAGCAGGCAGAGACAAGGAAAGACAGGUGGAGGCAAGCGAUUGAGGUGCAAGUUAAGCCGGGUGUGAUUCAGCAGCUCUCAAGACUAAAAGAGUGGGUAGCACGAGCCAAGGCCGCGAUAGUCGAGACACUCGAGGAAUGGGCUGAAUAAACAUAGAACGCCAAUGUCAGAAAAGGAUGCUCUUGGAUACAGCGUAUUCAUGUUAAACUUUACGGUAUAUCGUACUGCUUUUGUGGUAAAUACCAUGUUUUAGCACUGGUGAAAUACCUGGGAAUUAUAUGUGCAAUUCAGUAAUUCUGCUUAGCAAACCUGUGAGAUUAAUGGGAUGGAGAUUCCGGUUGUGUAGGCUGAGCGCUUGAUAAUAUAUUUUUAAAUUGGACUAGAAGUCGCAAAUAUCCAUAAUAUAGUUUCGAG